ACAGAUUGAUUUAUCCCUUUCGAAUUGUGAUGCAAAUCUUGUUCCUUCAUCAUAUGGAAUUAUUUGCACAACAACUGAAGCAUCUCAUGUCACUGUCAUUAGUAAUAGUGACAACGAUAACAAGAACAUGAAUUUUCAAAUGGAUAUUGAUAAUAAUAAUAAUAGUAGCGAUAAUGUCAGUAAUGAGCAUAACUCCAAUAUGGGUACAUCGAUGACGAUAAAAGUGAGCCAAUCACCGUAUCAGGUGAUGAAGAAUUGAAUCAUGUGUCUACAUCAUGCCAUUCAGAGUCAUCAGGAGGCGAAGAAAUCUCGUCACAGAAGGUUCCUCCUUUACGCAUAAAAUUUGCUUCGGGUACUUCUGGAGAUGAGUCAUCAUCAAUGACGUCGUCGUGCAUGUCAGUCGGAGCAACUGGUGGUGGAUUGGCAAUUCAUGCUAUUAAUAAUGUGGAGAAUAAUUGGACUAAUGAGUCGAAUAUGAAUGAUAAAUGCGACGUGAAACCCCGUGUAUCUGAUGAUGGUUUGAUGACUGUGAAUAACAAAAGUGAUGGUAAGGAGGUUGGAGUCACUGUCUCUUCUCUGGUUUCGACGAGUGUCGUUUCAUUGAAUGCUCCAGUUCCUGACAAAGUUUCAUGUUCAAGCGUGGAGAAUAUCGGCGACGGUAACAGCGGCAGUAGUACUACUACCACCAUUACUGCUACCGGCACUACCGAAACUGUGCACGAUCAAUAUUCUAGCUAUCAUGAGAAGUUAUCUAAGUCUUGUGAUCAUGUUGUUGCAACGAAUGUACACCAUGACGAAUCGAGUACAGAGUUGUCCAUAUCUUGUACUCCCCCAUCAACAUGUAUCACUAGUGCUGGGAUGAACACUAGUGUGAAUAUUACGAGUGGUGUUAACACUGUUGAGAUGAAUAGCAAUCGUAGUAAUGCAAGUAAUGCUAAUCGGGUGAAGAUGGAUAAUACGCUGGAGACGAGUGAGUGUCAUGGAAAGAGUGGCAAUAAUAAUAGUAAUAAUAAUAAUAACAACAACAACCACACGCACAAUCGAAGUAAUAAUAAUAGUAAUAAUACGAAUAAUGGUAAUCGAGAAGUGUCAAAAGAUACUCAUCGACAUCGUAGUGGGCGUACAUUACGUUCACAUACAGCUGCUCAACGUGAAAAAGAAGAAAAGGAACGUCACACGGAUGACGCUACUCCGAUUAAGAAGCGUAAACUUCGUUCUCGUUCGGAUACUGUGACAAAUCAUGAGAAUAUCAGUCACCAGAGUCGUAGUGGUGGUGGAAUUGGGACAGCAAAUGCAAAUAAUUCACCUGUAACAACUGUUCAUGCUGGUUCGUCAACUGAAUCUUCUAAUGUGUCGUUGUCUUCAAAUGCUGUUGCAAACAUGGAUGUGAUUGAAGAUACACAUGGUUGUUCAACUGUGACUGCUUCUUCUCAAAGUGACAGUUAUAUGGAUAAUGAAGAGAAGAAGGUGUCUGUCGGGAGCUCUCAGUCUACAGUGCUGACGGAUAAAGAUAGUACUGAUGUGCAUAUGACUUGUGUUUCUGAAAUGGAAGGAGGAUAUUCUGUUACAUCGUCUACCACCACUUCUUCUUCUACUAAUACUGCUGCUAGUACUACCACUCAUACUCCUACUCCUACUACUACUACUACUACUACCACUACUGACAAUGAUAACAGCAACAAAAUGGAAGUGGAUGGGAAACCAGAGAUGUGUGGAACUGCUGUGUCAGUUGUGACAUUGAAUAUGGAUGGAUCGAAUGAUGUGAAUGUCGUGUCAUCAGUCUCCGAAGUAGGAGUGACGACGGUGGUAACAACAACAGUAGGUGUAGCAGGAAUAGCAACAUCAACUCCAUCAUCAUCGUCAUUAGCGGAACAGAUAGGUGGAUGCUAUAGUGAAGCAGAUUGUGAUAUGAGUUAUUUAUUUUGUCCCUCUGCUCCUGGAGAUGAAGAUCGUAAAGAUGUUGAGUUGUUGAAAUUUCAAAAUCCAUAUGACAAAGCUGCUGAACUGAACAAGAAUUUGCGUGAACUUGUCAAUAAUCUGGUGAAGGUCCAUCCGAAAGCACCUUGUGGUUAUCAAGAUUACCUGUUGGUUACUCGUAAUUACCUAUUGGCUAAUCAACUCUCAUUUGCUACAUAUGUGAAACGUUCAGCACCGAGUCAUUUGGAAGCGACGUUUGUGGAAUUAUUCAAUGAACAAGAAGAAGAACGCUAUGCUCAGGCAUUGAAACACCAAUCAGAACGAGAACACUUACAACUGGGCGCAGAACAAGCUGUUUUACGUGCUCAAACACGUGGUGCUUUAGCAGUGGCCAAUCAAUCGAAACCAUAUUCGUUUUGUUCAAUAUUAUCCUAUAAUGAUUUGACGUAUAUUCCACCAGUUGGGAAAUUAGAGAAUCGAGUGAGUAAUAGUAGUAUAUUUGUUUUCUCUUUUUUUUAUUUGUUUAUGUUUAUGUAAUUCGAGUUUAUGAAACGAAUCAGUGAUGUGUUGUCAUAUUAGUCGGAAAUGUGAAUAUGAAUAUUGGAAGGUGAUGAGAUGUUGUCAAUCCUUUAUAUUUAUCAUCUGUUCGUGAUAUGGUUUAUGUUAGUUUUGUAUGUAUGCAGUGUGUGUGUGUGUGUUGUGAAGCCAAGAUUUAUGUGUUGGUGCUGGGAGUUUGUAAAGAAUGUUUUCAAAGUGAUCGACUUGUGUUGAGUAGGUUUGUUUAGUUUUCCGUGUAUUGUUUUGUAAAGCUGAGUUCGUAUGUCACUUGGUUUUUGGAGUUUUCUGUAUGUUUCUUAACUUCGUUGUUAUCGUUACUACUGUUGACAUAAUGUAUUGUGAGAUUGUGGUCUUUUAAUGAGAUAAAGAUCCUUAUUCCACUGCAAAACGGAGAACGAUUUUGUUGAAAUGCUGCUCUCCACUGUUUAAAAUAUGUGUAGGCGCAUAUGUUGUGUUUGUCGACUCAUAUGUACAUUUGUGGUGUAUGUUACUUAUGUCGACAGACGUAAUUAGUGUGUUGUAACAACAGUCAGAUAUGAAAUGUCUGAUAGCAGAAGGUAGGGAAGAUUGAACUGAAGAAAAGAGAAAGAGAAAUAUGAAGGAAUUGGGAAGUGGAACAAUCAUGAAGGAUGUAGAGGCUGAUUGAUGAGGUAUUCGCAAAUGAACUAUUUGAUAUGGUGGAGAAAUGUAUGGUUUUCACAUUUCACGAAAGAACUCUGUAAUUUUACAUUAGACAAUAAAUUAGUCUUCCCCAAUGCGUAGAUGGCUCUCGGUGAACUCAAGGAAGCCGAAGACAUUCCAUCUAAUCAUCUUUUGGAAGAACAUUCUAGGAUGUCGACGUGUGGCUUCCCGACUGAACAAAUGCUAAAAACCACUGCAUGCGGAUUGGAUGAUUUUAGUGAUUAUUUUCUUUUUUACUAAGAACUAUGAAUACCCGAGUGUUUCGUACCAUAUUUGAUUGGUUGUAAGAAACUGUUCAUGUGGAAGAUAUUGCAUCAUAUAUUUUUCUAACUAUUAUAUUGUAAUAAUGAUUAUUAGCACCACAGAAGGAAUAGCUAAGCACAAUAGUGCGCCAUAAAUUGGGCUACAUAAAGCGUAUUAAACAUUUUUAUGAAGCAUUCGAGGAGGAAAAAUUUGAUACCAUGAUGAUGCUGAUCGAUAAUUGAAAACCAUCAUGGUGUAUUUUUUGAGCAGUACAUUCGGAUUCGUUUAUCCGGUUGAAUUUUCUGUUUACUAAUCUUGUUUCUUGUGAAAUUGUGUAAUUGUUAAUGAGUAGUAGUCGUAUUAAUAGUUACAAAGUAUGCUUCAAUGUGAACAACCGCGAAUAGUGUUGUCUUUGUGACUUCUACUUGUUGCUGUGAGUGGUUGUUUUGUUUUGAAUUUUAUCGUCAACUGUGUGUUGUGUUGUUGUGUAUGACUGUUGUUGAUGUUCUUUGGCUAUGUAGUUAGUUGAAUUGAGUAAUUUUCACAACUGGAUUUUGUUGUGUAUUAUGGUUUUCUAAACGUAAUUUUGUUUUGCUGCUGUCCGAGCAAGUUAAUUGUUCACUGUAUUCGAUUGUACAUGUUGUGAAUGAGAAGAAGAAUACUGAUGGUUUGUUGAACGUUGUUUUGUUGAGAUUAAAUCUUUUGGAUUGUUGAGAUGGGGAUCAGCUCACUCAGUGUAGUAGUUCAGUAUGAGACAUCUGAUGGUAGAGAGUAUUACCUACCUACUGUACGAGCUAAUUCUCCUACGUAUUAUGAACAACGGUUUGGCUGAAGACAGCGUGCAUGAGUGUGCAUACUUAGUUGGUGAUUUACAGUGUUAUUGUAGUUGUAUGUUUGUAGUGGUGGUGGUGUGGAUGUUGCAUAAAAGCAACAUUGUUUAUUUGUUUGAAAUUUUCUUGUCGAUUGUUUGAACUGUGGGCUUUAUCAGUUGUGUGCAAUUGAAGCAGAUGAAAUAGUAUUUAUGAUUGUAAGUUGCUAUUCAUCAUAGGUACCUUUUUACAUUGUUGUAUUAUCUGUUUAUAUAUGUACAUAUUCUCUAAUUUUGUGUGUAUGUUUUGGUGUGUUUACAGGAAGAAGAGAAUAUACGCGAUCGUUUCACCCCUCGUACAUUUAUCGGUUGGCUUCAAGACAUUAUCGAUACAUUUCAGAAUGAAAAGAAGAAAUUACUCUGUCGACAACUUCAUGAGGCUGAGUCACUAAUGAUGGUGCAGAAACUUGAUUGGGAAAUGAAAACGCGUGAAACAUUGGCGUCGAAUAUCGAUUGUAUUGGUGUUGUGGAUGUAUUCAAAGACAUUCCAGCUAAUUAUGUUCCACUAAUCCCAGUGCCUAAUGAUUUUCCACUAUUCGCUCAUGAUCCGGUACAUCGAACGACAACGACUACUACAACAACAGCUGCACCGGUGGCGGCGGCGACGACAAUGUCAACCACACCGAGUACUUCGAUCCCCAUCACCCCUACUACCAACACCAACACACACACCGCUGUCAAUAAUAGCCCAACGGUAUCAGCAACGACAACUACGCUGACUAACAACUCAUGAUUGAUAUGAUGAAGGGGACUUGUUGUUUUCAUUUUCUUAGUGAUGACAUUUAUGCAUUUUGUCAUACUUCUCCUUUCUUAGCUUUGAUUUGAUUUUGCCUUCUCAUCUCAACAAAAACAGCCGGCAAACUACUGACAUUCUACUUCUUCAUCCUCCUCAUCACAUUGACUUUGUGUUUGUGUGUGACUGUUUGUUUGUGUACAUACUUUGUGUGUUGAUGGAUUGACUAAUUUUUUAAUGAUUUUCUGUUGUCAUUAUCUUUGUCCUCGUCAGUAUUUGUGGGAUAUUAAUAUGUAUACUGAAUGUGUAUCUGGUAGAUUGAUGAUGAUGAACAAUUCGUGUAUAUGUGUGUAUGUUGGAGUUUUAUUUCUGUGUUGUGGUGAAACUGUCUUUAUGAUGUAAUUUGCCAGUGUCAGUAUGACUGGUAACAAUAAUCUUUGUUAAUUUUACUAUGAUUUGUAUAGCUUCUUUAUUUAUGUAUUCAGCCACUUAUUUGCGUAAUUAAUUAAAUGCAUAUGUUUAUGUACCUGAAUUAUGUAAGUAAAUAUAUUUAUUUUUUCUUUGGAAUAGUGGGGUUUUCCCCUCAUCUAAAUGAUACAGUAUGGUGUCCAAGUUUGAAAAUGUAGCGGAUUUGAAAUCCUACGAUUUUCUCUCAAAUUGUUUUAAUAUCGCUGUUUAUUUGGGUGUUUGUCAUCGUUAGACAAAACUGUUGGUACUAAGCCGUGGGAAAUGUUUGAGGGUAUGCUUGUACGUGACUGUAGUGUCCAGUAUCGGUAUACACAUUUGAUUAAGACGUUUGUGCAAGCGUCUGGGAUUUUCUAGAUGUCCACAAACCAAACUUCUAGACAAUAAUAUUUGGUGUGUUGUUGUGUUUCAGAUUGGUGUUUCUCCUUGUUGAUGUUGUUGUUAAGAUGGAAUUUAUUUUAGGGGGAAUGAUUUUUCAGUUGACGAGUAUAGGAAGAGUGACUUAGAAACGUGCAUGUUUUAAUAACUAAUCAUUAAAAAUAAUAUUAAAGACUUUAGAAGGAUGUAAUAAAAUGAAAUAGCCGUUCGUUACAAUAAAGUGUUAGCUGCAUGAAAGAAUGAUGGAUUUCGUGUUUCUCCUUUGCCCACAGAUUUCACUUUCGAGAAGAUGGAUUGCUUGUGCUUCUGCAGUGUUUAUGUUAAUAAUUAACGCUGAUAUCGAGCCAAAUCUUUUGGCAGUUCAGAUAAUUUGAAAGAACAUACCAAGUAAGGCGAUGUGACUGAAGUUCACAGAUUGUUUUAAUAUUGAAGUGUUGAUUGUUUUACGUUAACCUUCCGUAAGCUACUCAGGAUUAUGUUUGGAGAUAGGUGUGGGGAGCGCUUGCUUUGUGUGGCCGAUGUAACCUGUUUCAUAAGAGCAGGUGAAUUUCUAAACGGAUUGACGUGACCCAAUAUGAGGAUUUAUCCUUGACACAUCGACGGAUGAUGGGACGGUUGGAAAAGACAAUUCGAAGCUUGGUGGUAUGGAAAGCUUUCCCGGAGAUUUCUGUAGGUGAUUCAUCAAAAUUUCCACAGUAAUGUUUCCCUUGAACUUGAUUUUCAUGGAGAGAGUUUUCCCAGGAACGGUGUGUGACCUUGUAGAUUGUAAUCUAGGUCUGAUGUACCGGUCAACAAAGCUGAAUGGAUAGCCGUUCUUAAGAAAUAUUUGUCGAGUUUGGCUAGUUUAUCGUCUAUCAUAUUAUCCGAGCAUUUUCACUUAACCGUUGAUGAUAAAGAUUGAAUUAGUUUUCUCUUUCUAUUUAAAGGGAUCCAGCCGUAACUAUUGGUAUAUAAUCCAUUCCAAGUUGGUUUUCGUUAUAUCGACCUUCCGUAAUGUACCAUCUUGUCUUCUAUUUAAUGAAACAUCGAGGAAAUGAAAUUUUGAUUCGAAUGUAAAUUUGAUGUAUUUAGGGCAACUACUGAAUGUUAUUUUAUUUAUUUAUUUUAACACAUAGAUAUUGUACAAUGACGCACCAAAUACAUAUGCGCCACACAAAUCUCAUUCGAUAUGUGUGAGGGCUGUGACACUGCCCGGGUGCCCAAACGGAACCAGGUGGUUUUCUUAGGGGGCCGCUCCCCGAGCCUUCGACCUAAAAGUCUGAUCCACAAGACAGUGGAGCAUCGUAAGGAGAUGCAGUCUUAUGAUAGCCGGUGACCAACGGUUGGUUCAUACACCAUUUGUUCCGUCGGGAUACUGGAGCCCAUGUGCACCGUUGGUUUGGGAGCCGGUUAAAGCGCCGGACAUUCUCUCUUCUUCCUCUCAUUUUCGUAAACUACACCCCCGCUACGAGAAGGCAGUGAGUAGGACUUCCCUGGCAGAGGUUGUGUGCGUGUGUUCAUGUGAGAGCAUGUCGAGAUGGAGGGAUCACCCCACUCUUGGCCAUACCAGGUCAUUUGGGGGCCUUAUCUAGGGAUUCUCAUCAGCCCUACUGGUCUGGUGUGUGACGAAAUCUCAGCAUGGAUACAGAAGGCUCAACUAUUGAAUGAGAGAGAAAGAGAGUCCUGUUUGCAUUACAUAUAAUUGUCAUGUUGUACGUGAUAUUGUCUAGUCAUAUGUGUCCGUAUUUAUUUGCACUGUGAAGUUGCUUUUUUCAUAGAUCAUAAUUUCUUGUUAGAAAUUGGGUGUAUGAUUAUUAAAGUAAUAGAUAUGUAGCUAAUCUAGUUCUACAUGUUUUAAUGUAUUAAAAGUUUUCAUAAUGUAUCUGUAUUACCGUACUGCAAGCAUCUAUAAAAGCUGUCUGUGUUUGUGUGUAAACUAAGUAAUGAUGUCGGUAAUAUGUUUAUUGGAGUGAGUGUCCGAAUUAUAGUCUUCAUAACAGAUUGACCACCGGAUAUUUAUAGAUCAUCGAAUUGUUGUAGCGCUUUAGUUUUCACACUAAUUUGCAGUCAACCAGAACAUUCAAACCAUGCAAUAAGCAGUAUGUGUCUACUCAAGUAAUCGGAAAUCCGUAAUUCAAUUUUUAAAACUACAAACAAUCUAUUUACAAUACGUCUUUACUGAAAACCAAUGGUUUGAACUUACUUUGCAAUUCACUCUUACUCAAUUAGCUAUAAAGAAUGCAAAAACAAAUAGUCAUGCGUUUAUACAAGGAACACUAGAAUAAUUCAAACAAAAGCGCAUAGUUGUUAACCUGGACCAGGUGAAUAAUUUACUCAUUUCAAGUCCAUGUACGUCUUAUCAUUGAUUCUCAAGAUCAAAUAUGAUUUGUCUAGUCCUACAACAACAUAUUAUUUGUCUGGUACUAUCCUUUCUAUGAAUAUAGUUGUUAUUUCUUAACGGGUACCAGUCUUAAUAUUCAAUGAAAAUGAAUCAAAUUAUCAUUUGUUAAAGAUAAAAUAUAAAUACAUUAAAACAAAAGUCAAUUUACAGAAAGAUCUCUUCAAUUUCACCUAAUCUAAUAGCUAAAUUGAAUGGUUUAACUUAAGAAAGUUUGAGAACUGUUUUAGUAUGACUUCUCCUCAUGAAAGAGCAUAGGCUGCUCACUGGCAUUCUCCAUCCAACCCUGUCCUGGGCAAUCCUUUCUAGCUUUUUCCAGUUGUUAUUCAUCCUUUUCAUAUCUGCUUCUAUUUCCCAACAUAAUGUGUUCUUUGGCCUUCCUCUUUUCCCUUUCUUUUCAGGACUCCAGGUCAGGGCUUGCCUCGUGAUGCAGUUUGAUGAUUUGCGUAAUGUAUGUCCUGUAAUAAUAAUUACCUUGAUAUUAUAUGAUUAUUGGCAUUCUUAUAGAAAAAACCCAAACUUCCGGCUACAUAACUGUGAUUUAUACUUGUUUUUAACAAGCUUAUAACUAUCUAAAGUCUUUAGAAAGUACAAUAAUAUUUGAAGUAGCGGAUACUAGGUUCAAUACUAGGUGUACAUAUCAAUCAUACAGAAUACAGAUAGAUCCAGAAGAUGAAUCUUAAAUUAAAUUAACUGCACAUUCUAAAUUUCAUUACAAUCCACAACUUAACUAUAACAUAAUAGAUUUAGCUUAAGUUCGAAAUUGUUUACUGUAUCCUCCAUGAUAACUCCACCUGGAACCCCUCUGCUGGUCCAAAGCCCAGAUAAAGGAGGAGGAUUGGGCAUGAGGUUACCGAUCCCAUUCUCAUUUGUAAUCCUCAUGGCCUAAAGAGAAGAGGAAGACCAAAGAACACAUUAUGCUGAGAAAUGGAUACAGAUAUGAAAAGAAUGAACAAUAAUUGGACAGAACUAGAAAAGAAGGCCCAGGACAGAGUGGGUUGGAGAAUGUUGGUCGGUGGCCUAUGCUCCAUUGGGAAUAACAGUCGUAAUUAAGUAAGUAAGCAAGUAAUCUUCCAUGAUAAAUAAAUAUACAAUAACAAAUCCUUCUAUAGGAAUGAUAUUUAUACAAGAAAUGUAAAAGUAUCAAUGAAUUAGAUUCUUUUCACUUUUUCAUAUUUAUCUGAUAUGAAACAAAGGUUGUAGAAGUGUAAAAAAUAAAUAGUGAUAUCAUGAGCAAUUAUGAAUAAGUUAAUAGUUGAAUUUAUGAGUCAAUUAAAGGUAGACCACCAUGAAAACUUGGGAACACUGAACGGUUGUUUCGUCGUAGUAUGGGGCUUCUCAACAGUGCUCAUCCACGAUCCCGGGUCUGUUGUGAGAUAGUAACUCACUGAAGACAAUGGUGGCUCAAUUUUGUGUUUUGGUUGAAGUUAGACGUCAGCAGCGUUGGAUGCCGGCUCAAUGGUCUGGAGCUUCAGCGUUCGCACACGAGUCCGGCAGGUCGUGGGUUCGAGUCCCGUGGGCGGGAUCGUGGAUGCUCAUUGUUUAGGAGUCCCAUACUAGGGUGAAAUGGUUGUCCAGUGCUUCCAGGUCCCUCAGGAGGUCUAGCUUGGAUCAACUCAUGAAUUCAACUAUUAAAUUACUAUAAUAUCCACAAAACCCUUUUCUAAUUAUGAAUAAAAUAAUGAGAAUAUUAGACAUAGGUAAUUGGAGAAAUGCAAUAAUAAUAAUAAUAAUUAGAGUCUAGGUAACUGUAACGAUCUUGGUUAUUCCCUGUAUUCAUUCCCUCACAAUUUAGCGAGCAAAUGGACAAUUGGAUGUACACGAACGCGAAUUUACAGAAUAUCCCACUAAAAUCUGAAAACCAUACAGCAAAUACUUCAUUUGCAAAAUAACAAUCUAUUGUCUCAUACUUGAUUGUUCCUUUAACAAAUCUUAGUCCAUUGUUUCAAAUUUCACUGUUCGUGCAUUUUAAUACCAAUUGCUUUCCGUUCCCCUUGUUUUCUUCUCGAUCUUCUACUGAAAUACAUUCUAUUUUUGACUAUCGUUAUAUACUACUUGUGUGGAUAUAAGUAGCUCUCACCACAACAGAACUAGUACAUUAACAAUAUAUAUAUAUAUAUUAAAUUAUCCCAUCUCUAUUACAAAGAUCAAUAAUGCGGUAAAAGCAUUUCCAACUUAUGAGUUCUAAACAAUAUGAUAAAUGAUUCCUAAACUUCACAGUUAAUAUUCCGUUUUACUGUAAAUUGCAUACACAGAAUUAUUUUUUUAUUGUUAGCGUUUUUUUAGCGAGCUAGUUUCCUACAGGAUGGGAUCGCUAACCUUAUACCCAAUCCUCCUCCUUUACCCAGGCUUGGGACCGGCAGUAGCCCAAGAGGGGCUCCAGGGGGAGUUAACAGAAAUGAAAAGAAUGAACAACAACUGGAUAGAAUUAGAAAGGAAGGCCCAGGACAGAAGAGUAGGUUAGAGAAUGCUAUUCAGCAGCCUAUUCUCCAUUGGGAGUAACAGGCGUCAGUAAGUAAGCAUACACAUAAUGAGACAAUUUUAUUCUAAAAUAAAAAUUCAACUGAAUUAAAUUCAUGAUCAUAAUCAGAGUCUUUGUUUUAUCUUAUCUAUACUGAAAAAUGGCAUCAUGUUUUUAUUUUUAUUUAUUUCAACACAUAGAUAUUGGUACAAAUAGGCCACACAAAUUUCAUUUGAUAUGUGUGAGGGCUGUGAUACUGUCCGGGUGCCCAAAUCGAACCAGGUGGUUUUAUUAGG